AGAGGGCGUGAAGCGGGGCGGGCUACAUUGCGAGUGAGAGAUUGCGUGCUUGUGCUAGCGAGCGAGAGAGAGACGAGAGAGGGCACUGCAUUUCUUUGCAUUGCAUUGCUUGCUGCAAAGGAAGAGUGCGAUUCUGCUACCGCACCGCAACAACAGCGUCCUCCAUCGCCCGCUCACAAGACCAGACCCCAUCACAUCCUCUCCUCUCCUCUCCCUCUCUUGUUGCGUUACUUCUGACCCCUGCUUGGUGCUCUGUUUUGUAUUUCCGACCCACACUCCCUUCCCCCUCCUCCUCUUCUCUACUCUUCUCUUCUUUUCCUCCCUUCUGCCUUCAUUCUUUCGGCUGGCGCAUCUCUCGGUGCAGUGGAGGAAAUGGGGCGCGGAGGCUCAGCCGAGGUUGUUGUUGACGCCACCGACGUGUUGAAGCCGCGCACGGAUAAACGUGACUACAGAUGCGUGGGCUUGGGAAAUGCGCUGCAGGCGCUCAUCAUCAGCGACCCGGAGACCGAUAAGGCAGCAGCUUCGAUGGUUGUGAAUGUAGGAUCUUUCAGCGAUCCGAAGGGACUCGAGGGAUUGGCUCACUUCUUAGAGCACAUGCUUUUCUUUUCGAGUGAGAAAUAUCCAGACGAAGAUAGCUAUUCCAAGUAUCUCACUGAGGUGUACAUGCAGCAUGGAGGCCAUUCAAAUGCUUUCACUGCGGCGGAGCAUACGAAUUAUCACUUUGAUGUUAGUGCAGAUUAUCUGGAGGAGGCUUUGGACAGAUUUUCCCAGUUUUUUAUAUGUCCGUUACUCUCCGCGGAAGCAACGUCAAGAGAAAUCAAUGCUGUUGACUCUGAAAACAGCAAGAACUUGACUAUGGAUAUGUGGCGAAUGAAUCAAUUGACUAAAAUGGUUAGCUCUAAAGAUCAUCCGUUUCACAAGUUUGGAACUGGAAAUUUGGAGACCCUUGAUAUUGGGCCAAAAUCGAGGGGAGUGGAUACACUUGAUGAGUUGGUCAAAUUUUAUAAAGCCAACUAUUCUGCCAAUCUCAUGCGGCUUGUUGUCUACGGCAGGGAGUCGGUGGAUGAUCUUACGGAUUUAGUCCACAGUAAGUUCAGUCGCAUCAAGAACACGGGCAGGAAAGCUGAGAAGUUCACUGGACAGCCAUGUCUUCCUGAGCACUUGCAGAUAAUAGUUAAGGCUGUGCCUGUUAGGGAAGGCCACAGUCUGGAAAUGAUGUUUCCUAUCACGCCAGAGAUUCAAAACUAUAUGGCUGCACCAUCACGUUAUCUUGGACAUUUGAUUGGACAUGAAGCUGACGGAUCUCUGUUUGCGCUUCUUAAGAAAUUGGGGUGGGCAAACAGCUUGAGCGCUGGUGAAAUAGACAGCAGUUUAGAGUAUGGAUUCUUUAUGAUUGCAAUCGAACUAACUGAUAUUGGACAAGAUCACAUGGAAGAGGUAGUGAGCCUCACGUUUCAAUACAUACGAGUGUUGCAACAGCAGGGUGUUGCUGAGUGGAUGUUUGAAGAGGUUCGAGCUGUCUGCGAGAUGAAGUUCCAUUUCCAGGACAAGCGACCUCCCAUUUCAUACGUCACGGAUCUUGCAGGGAAUAUGCUGCUUUAUCCUCCAAGAGACUGGCUAGCCGGGUCUUCACUACCCCGACAGUUUGAUGCAGAAGCCAUUUCAGGCCUAAUCGAGCAAUUGAAACCUGAGCGAGUGAGGAUAUUUUGGUAUUCUAAACGAUUCGAAGGUAAAACCUCUCAGAAGGAGCCCUGGUAUGGGACGGACUACAUCAUAGAAAGAAUUGAAGAAAAUUUGGUGCAGGAGUGGUCAAAAGCCACGACCCAUGAGAAGCUGCACUUGCCGAGUGCAAAUGUUUUCAUUCCCACCGACUUUAGCCUCAGAGAUCCCGAGCCAAAGGUGGAUCACCCUUUCAUCUUGAGGAAAACAAAAAUGUCGAGGUUGUGGUUCAAGCCUGAUACCAAGUUCCGCACACCUAAGGCUUGUAUUCAAAUGCAAUUUAAUUGUCCAGAGUCUCAUUAUUCACCAGAAGCGAGCAUAUUGACUCGAGUAUUUACAAAACUACUGGUGGACUACUUGAACGAAUAUGCUUACUAUGCACAGGUUGCUGGAUUAAAUUACAGUAUUGUAACAACUGGGACCGGAUUCCAGGUAUCCGUUUCAGGCUACCACCACAAGCUCAUCACUUUGGUUGAGAAGAUAUGUGACAAGAUUGUUAACUUCGAAGUGGAAGAGGAGCGGUUCUCAGUCAUCAAGGAAAAGGUUAUGAAGGAUUGUAUGAAUCUUCGGUUUCAGCAACCAUACCAGCAGGUUAUGUAUAAUUGUUCCAUGCUGCUAGAGCACAAGCGUUGGCACAUUAACGAGUUUAUUGAAGUAUUGCCAUCCUUGGAGGCCCGUGAUUUGUCUGCAUUUUUCCCUCGCGUACUGUCGCGGGUUUUCUUUGAGUGCUUUAUAGCAGGGAAUUUGACAUCCACGGAAGCAGAAAGCCUAGUGGAGCAGAUUGAGAACACUCUUGCUGAUGGGCCUUUAGUAAAGGCUAGGCCUCCGUUUCGAUCUCAGCACAUAGAACAGAGAAUUGUGAAAUUGGGACCUGGCGCUGACUGGUACUACCCUAUUGCUGGAACGAACCCUCAGGAUGACAAUUCUGCUCUGCAGACUUACUUCCAGGUUGGACAGGAUAACACGCAUAUAAAUGUUCUGCUUGAACUUUUUGUGCUGGCUGCAAAGCGUGAAGUUUUCCAUCAGCUUCGAACUGUGGAGCAACUUGGUUAUGUUGUAUUUCUCAUGUCCAAGAAUGAUUAUGGAGUGCGAGGGGCACAUUUUAUUAUCCAAUCAACUACAAAGGAUCCACGAGGUCUUGAAGAGAGGGUUGAAGUGUUUCUAGAGCAAUUCGAAAAAGAUCUGCAGAAAAUGUCAGAUGAAGAUUUCAAGAAAAACGUUGACACCUUGGUUGAGAUCAAAUUAGAAAAACACAAAAACUUAUGGGAAGAGAGUAGAUUUUACUGGGGUGAAAUUGAGGACGGAACAUUGACUUUCAACAGACCCCAAGUUGAGGUAGCUGCCUUGAGAAAGGUGAACAAGGAAGAGCUGCUAGACUUCGUAGCACAAAACAUUUCUCGAAAAUCUCCAAAUCGCAGAAAGUUGAGCAUUCAAGUCUACGGAGGGCAACACGUUGCCGAGUUAGAAAUUGCCAAGGGCGAGGCACCUCAAGAAACGACGAAUGGUACGAUUCCUGAAGAUACUGUGCGAGGAGAUGGUCUGGCAGAAGAUGGCAAGUCGGCACCCAAAGCAGCAGCUAAUCGAAUAGAUAACAUCUAUACUUUCAAACGCUCUCAGCAGUUGCACGAGUCUCUAAGGGGCGGUAAACAUGCUGCUUAUGCUUGAGGGGUUUGGUUGGUUUUCGUGCAUACGAUGAACAAUUUUGUAGAGGUUUUGUUUUGAGUUGAGAGUACAGGAAAUGACUGACCGUCUUCCAUGCGAAUACUUCUAGACAUUACAGAAUGGCUUCUUUCAUUUUGCUGUCUAGGCCACACUACCCAAUGUAAAACCUGGUCAAGCAUUCGGGAUUUGAGUUUUGUUUGAAUUUUCCUUCCAAAAUCCAACUUUUUGGGAUUGGGUUAAUGUGAUCUCUCCUUUUAGUAAGAGUUGGACAACCAUGCUGUUUUGUAGCUAGAACAUGAAA